AUGUCGGCCAAAAGAACCCUCCGCAGGUUCAAUCAAGGCUAUCGUUCCGACGAAAACGGUGCUGCCAGAGGCGUUAGCACAUCCACUAGAGGAAAGGCGAAGAAUUCGCGCGGAGCCAAUCGUGGGAGAAGCGAGCAGGUGGUCGUCGACCGUGCUGCAAUCAAUGGGGGCGGAGGAUCAACUCAGAGAGCCGAGAGUCCUGACCCAUGGCCUCGUGUGGCCCCGGGCGAUGGCAGUCGAUUCGAGGGCCAUGACAUGCACAUGGAUCAAGAAGAUGGCCCGAUCCCGCGAGUCCCGCCGGGCGCGAAAGAUCAUAGGUCUGUGGACGACUCGUACAAAGCGCCAGUCGAGCUGCGGGAGAGGGAAGUUGGAAUCGUUUGGUAG